UUAAUUUUUUUUUUUAAUUUAUAUAGUAUAUCUGAAUUAUAAAAAUAUAUAGUGUUAUAUAAUGGAUUUGAAUAAUUUUGCCACGACUUGUAGAAAAAUUAUUGGAAUUGGAUUAAACUAUAAAAAAACAAUAGCCGAAUUGAAUAUCUUAACUCCACAAUUACCUGUCUUGUUUUUAAAAUCCACCUCAAGCAUCAUCAAAGAAGGUCAAGUAAUUAAAAUACCUCCGGGAUGUAUAGAUGUAAAUUAUGAAGUUGAACUUGGUGUUAUAAUAGGGCAAUCAGGAGCUGAUAUAUUAGAAGAGAAUGCAUUAAAUCAUAUUGGUGGGUACGCCCUUAUUCUUGAUAUGACAUCUGGAAGCCAUUUAAGUUUUGUCAGAGAAAAAUCUCUUCCGUGGUGCAUAGCUAAAAACUGGGAUACAUUUUGUCCUGUUAGCGAUUUUAUUCCGAAAGAAGCAAUAAAAAACCCUGAUGAUGUGAAUCUGUGGCUUACUGUUGAUGGGGAAAUGAAACAAUCAGAAAGUACUUCAGACAUGUUAUUUAGCGUAGCCAAGUUAAUUAGUUAUACUAGUCAAGUGAUGACUUUAGAACGGGGUGAUUUAAUUUUAACUGGUACACCAAAUGGAGUCGGUCCUGUUAAAGCAGGACAAAUAAUUGAAUGUGGAAUAAAGGGCAUCAAGCAAAUGAAGUUUUUAGUAGAAAAUAAAUGAUGAAUUGUUUGGAA